AUGGGCCAGAUGCUGGCUAUGGGAGAUAUCAAGGCGAUCCUGACACAGUCAUUGGGAAAAGCUAAAAUGAUAGAAAUAUUGGAUCAGGCACAUCUAGGAGACGUGGGAAAGGAUCAGAAGUAUGAUCGCUGGACGUUUGGAGUAAAAAGAAACGACGUGUGGAAUGCACUUCGAUCCGCAUACCCCACUCAAUCUGAUCUAACCAAGGUGGAAAACCUGAAAAUGGACGAAAAAGAAGGAGCUGCGGCCUUCAUUCUUAAAUUACAGAAAGCAUGGGCUGAAGAGAUGGGGUCAGCAUGGGAUGAGACGACGGCUAACAUCACAUUGUUCAAAAUAAUGCUGAAGAGAGCGCUUCCAAGUGAAGUACAAGAACAGCUUGAAUCAGUCGUGGGACUUAAUGCACUGCCCUGGGCAGCUUUCCAGGCAAAUGUCACACAUGCUGUGGAAAUGCACAGGAAAAAGAAAGAAGCAAACAACAGCAAGGAAACCAGCAACAAAAUCAAAGCUGGCAAGACCCCGGAAAUUGGGCGGGACCAUGGAUGGGCCAGAAUCAGCAGAAUCAACAAACUCAGGCAAGCUUUGGAGGUGGCCUCCGGGACCACCUCAAGAAGAAGAACAGGUACUGAAACAAAUUCGGAAAAACUAUGGACUAAACACCAGACAGAUGUAGGGUUAGUUAAGUCAUCAGGGUUGGCGAAAAUUCAAUUAAAACCCAAUGUGCAAUUACCAUACCAGAAACAAUACCAACUGUCGCAACAGGCGAUAGAGGGGAUAAGACCCACCAUUGAAGGACUAGUUGAAGCAGGAGUGUUAAUCCCAACAGACAGCCCUUGCAACACCCUCUUUCCGGUCAGAAAACCAAAUUCAGACAAGUGGAGAUUGGUCCAUGAUUUAAGACCAAUAAAUCGUGUGGUGGUAGCAGAAAAUCCUGUAGUACCUGAUCCACACACACUGUUAACAAACAUCCCUGAAGGGACUAAAUGGUACACUGUAAUUGACUUAUGCUCAGCAUUCUUUAGUGUGCCUCUGCAUCCUGAGUCUCGGUUUCUGUUUGCAUUUACAUACGGGGGAAAACAAUACACCUACACACGUCUGCCACAAGGGUAUUGUGAAAGCCCGUCAAUUUUUAACCAGGUGUUAGCACGAGAUCUGGCAGACCUAGACAUUCAAAGCAGUUUGCUUCAAUAUGUAGACGACCUACUGAUUUGUAGUCAAACCAAAGAACAGUGCAUGAAAGACUCGUUAAAGAUUCUGGAAACCCUAGCUCAUAAUGGACACAAGGUCAGUAAGGAAAAAUUGCAAUUCUGCCGACAAAAGGUAGAAUAUUUGGGUAGAGUGCUCGAAGGCACUACACGAAAGAUCUCGCCCUCUCAUGUAGAGGCAAUUCAGAAGACACCACAACCUCAAACAGUGCAACAUAUGUUGUCAUUCCUGGGUUUAGCAGGUUUUAGCAGACCAUGGAUUUGUGAUUUUGCAUUAAAGACACAACCUCUCAGAGACAUGAUGAAAGCAGCUGAUCAGACAAAAUCUAGCGCACGCCUAGUCUGGACAGAAGAAGGAAAAAAGGCUUUUGAAACUAUCAAAAGUGAUCUAAAAUCUGCUCCUGCACUAGCCUGUCCAGACUACACAAAACCAUUUCACCUCUAUGUGUCAGAAAGACGAGGUUUUGCAUCAGCCAUUUUAGCACAACAGCAACAGAGCAUGGGAAAGAAGCCAAUUGCAUACUAUAGUACAGCUCUUGACAAUGUGGAAAAAGGCAUGCCACCUUGUUACAGAGGAUUGGCAGCAGCAUUCGCCUAUCAAAAAGCAUCAACAAUCACGAUGGGUCAUCCAGUGACCCUGUACACUUCUCAUGCAUUACAUGCUCUGCUGACAAGUCAAAAGUUUGUGAUCACGAAUGCACGAAGGACAGGGUAUGAUGUCAUCCUGUCUGCACCAGAACUAACAAUUGAGAGGUGCCACACAAUCAAUCCAGCUGAUCGAGUGGUCUUAUCAGAUGAGGGAAUUCCCCAUGAGUGCACUACAGAAGCAGAGAAAUUUCUGAAGGCUAGAGAUGACCUAGAGAACCAACCAUUGCAAAAUGCCCAAAUUGUUUUGUUUGUGGACGGCUCUUGCUAUCGUGCGAAUGAUGGCAAUAAAGCAGGAUAUGCUGUAGUCAUGCACAAUGAGGAAGACGACUUGUUUCAAGUACUAACUAGCGUAAGCGUACCACAACCUUGUUCUGCCCAAUUAGCAGAAAUAAAAGCGUUAACAGCAGCAUGUAGGUUGGGAGCAGGAGGAAGGUGCACUAUUUACACUGAUUCAGCAUAUGCACAUGGGGUAUGUCACACAUUUGGACCCAUCUGGGAACAAAGGGGUUUCCAGAGAGCUGAUGGAUCAUCUAUUUUGCAUGGUCCUGCAAUUUCUGAUUUGCUCAAAGCAAUGAUGCUUCCAAAGGCAUUAGCCAUUGUGAAGUGUAAAGCUCACAAAUCUGAUGGGGAUAUGGUCAGUAGAGGUAAUGCGGCAGCAGAUGAGGCAGCUAAAGAUGCAGCAUUAGGAAAAGACUGUGUGAAAGUGAUGAUGGUACAGGAUGAAGAACAUGAGGAAGUGCGAGGGCAGGUAACAGAGGAAGAUCUUGGGGAAUAUCAGGACGAGCGAGUAGAGAGGAGAAAGAGAGAUGGAAGAAACGAGGGGCAGUACAAGACCCCAACACAGGGUUAUGGAGAAGUUCGUGAGGCCACACACGGAGCACAGGUUGACGAGCCACUACAGCAGGUGCAACCAGGUGACUACGUGUACAUCAAAGUGUUCAAAAGGAAACACUGGAGUGAGCCACGUCGUGAAGGACCAUUCAAGGUGAGCUGCGUGAAAGGACCAGAGUGGAGGAAAUCUCGUGCUGAAUUGGCACGCUGCGCCCACUCUGACGACUCAGAAGACGACGACGACGGCACAGGCCCAGCACAGGACAAAGGACCAGCAUACAGGACACGUGCUAAAACCACACAACCACGGCCAGUUGAGGGAGAACCAAGGCCAGGUUGUUCGUAUCAGGUUGAUUCACGACCACCACAUGACACAUUAGAAGAGACUGUGCAGAGACUACUAGGCAACGAAGAAGACACUGUCACUCCACCUGCACAGUUUGACACUCUUAAUCUACAAGAUCUAGUAGACUUAGACAUCGAUCUACCUGUGGAACCAUGA